GUACAUUAGUAGACCCAUAGAAUCAUCGGCAACAAGAUCGAUGGUUCAGGUACAGUGCCAGGGACUGAACGGAGCUGGCCCCAGUUGGGUGCCAUUGAAGCAGGAUUGGAGCCAACGAUGGUGCACUCUCUCCGGGCUCUAUACGGCAGACUACGCUGAGCGAGUGGGAGGCUUCCAAACACGGGAUAGUGAUGUGUUUCUGGUCUCGUUCAUGAAGUGCGGCACCACCUGGUUGCAGGAAUUGAGCUGGCUUUUGCUGAACCAACUCGAUUUCGAACAGAGCUCGAAAAGCUAUAUAAUGCAAAGGAGCCCUUAUCUGGAGUACUCCAGCAAUAGUCCCUUGAUAAAAAUGGAUUCCAUUAAAAUAUGCGAUGACCUACAGAGUACUCCGAGGCUCAUUAAAUCCCACUUGCCGGCACAACUGCUGCCCCGUGAAAUUUGGGAGAAAAGGCGAAAAAUCAUUUACGUGGCUCGCAAUCCGAAGGACGUAGUGGUGUCCUCCUAUCACUUCCUGACUGGAACCGGCUACUGGAGAGGGAACAUGGACGAAUAUGUGGAUCAGUUUGUGGCUGGCAGGAUAUUUUUGACAUCCUUUUGGUCCCAUGUCAUCGACUUUUAUAGGAUGCGCAGUGAGGAGAACAUUUUCUUCGUAACCUACGAGAAAAUGAAAGAGGAUCUUGAGAAUGUUAUUCGGCGACUAUCCGCUUUCUUGGAAUCCCCCGAUUUAAGCCAAACUGAAAUGAAGAAUCUACUGGAAUACUUGAGUUUUGAAAACAUGAAAGCUAGCACCUAUGGCAACCCCACCGCACGAAUUAAGUCCACUCUACAGGUUUCUGAUGAUUUUGAGUUUAUGCGACGUGGCAUUGUCGGCUCUUAUAAGGACGAGCUUAAUUUUGAUCAAAAGCGCAAAAUCGACAACUGGACCCGCUGCUGUCUUGAGGAAUAUGGAUUAACAGAGUUCGAUAUUUUUGGGAAUGUUUAAAAUAUUGUUUUCUUAUAAUAAAGCCAAUUAAGGGGGGACAUCUGAG